AUGGCGUUGGCCAAGAAGAGGAAGGCGGAUGAGUUGGCCACUGAGUUGUCCAAGAAGAACGAGUUGGCCAAGAAGAGGGAGUUGGCCAAGAAGAGGAAGGCGAAGAUGGCAGCCAAUGACGUGGAAGAGGAAGAGGAGGACAGGGAGAAUGACGAGGAGGACGAGGAGAAUGGAGAGGAGGACAAUGAGAAUGACGAGGAGAUUGAGGACGAGGAUUCAGAGGAGGUGGAGGAGAAGAAUGGGAAGGAUGAGAAGAUUGUGGAGAAGGAGAUGAUUGUAGAGAAGAAGAAGGAGAUUGUGGAGAAGGAGAUGAUUGUAGAGAAGGAGGAGAUUGUGGAGAAGGAGAUAAUUAUGGAGAAAGAGGAGGAGAUUGUGGAGAAUAAGGAGAAGAAUAAGGAGGAUGAUAAGAAGUCGAAACAAUUGAGGGAUUACACCGACCCUGGUGGGAAAGGGUUUAAACUUAAUGAUCCGGUUACGGUUAAUCCUAUGUUACGAUAUGAAGAGGAAAAAAUGAAGGAUUUGAAGAAAUGGUUGAAGAGUAAGGAUAAAGACCUCAAGGAUUUGACUACUUGCGAAACAAAUCGUUCUAUAUUUAACAGAUUGCUCAUGUCUCAAAAAUAG